GGCUGGGGCCAGAGUGGCUGCUCAGUGCUCCUUCCUGGGCCGCAUCAUGAAGAUCUGGACCUUGGAGCACAUCUUCGACCACCCAUGGGAGACUGUGUCGACGGCCGACAUGCAGAAGUACCCGAACCCCAUGAACCCCAGUGUGGUGGGUGUGGAUGUGCUGCGCAGGCAUGUGGAUGCCUCGGGGAAGCUGCACAGCCUGCACCUGCUCAGCACCGAGUGGGGCCUGCCAGAUGUCAAGUCUCUUAUUGGUGCGGCAAGAACCAAAACAUACAUACAAGAACAUUCUCUAGUUGACCCUGUUGAGAAAACGAUGGAGCUGAAAUCCACCAAUAUUUCAUUUACAAAUAUGGUAUCAGUAGAUGAAAGACUUAUAUACAAACCACAUCCUCAACACCUAGAAAAAACGAUUCUCACUCAAGAAGCCAUCAUCGCUGUGAAGGGCGUCAGUCUCAGCAGCUACCUCGAAGGCCUGAUGGCAUCCACCAUCUCCUCAAAUGCCAGCAAAGGUCGUGAAGCAGUGGAAUGGGUCAUUCAUAAAUUAAAUGCUGAGAUUGAAGAAUUGGCAGCUUCGGCAAGAGGAAGCAUUAGAACACCCAUGAUGGCUGCAGCGUUUGCAGAGAAAUGAUACUUGGCCAUGGCAGCCUUUUCCCCGGGCAUCAGCAAACUGGCGAUAUAUUUAUUUGCUCUUUGAGAAAGACAACUAUGUUGUAGUUUAAAAAAAAAGAAAUUUCUAAUAAGCUGAACCAAGUCUCUGUGACUUCUGAUCAAUACCAAGUGGUGCAGGGCUUCUAACUCAAAAGGGACGGUCCAUUAGUGUUGCUGAAAUUACCACCAGAUUUUGAGGAUUCCCAAGUGUUUACUGCAAAAACGUAGCAGUUUCUUUAUGAACCAGGAUUGGCCUUGGCAUGCCAUGUCUCCUGAGGCAAAAUUGGCAUGGGCUGCCCACUUCUGGGAAGUCUUCCCAGCUUUGGAGCAAGCCAAACAGGGCCUAGCCACCUCUUCACACACCCAUUUUCCUGCCUCAGGAAGCAUCGAUCCAGCUCAUGGGAGCUCACUGUAAAUGGAGAAAAUGUCUGGUCUGAAAACAUUUGUCUAAGAUUUGCUCUUCCGUAAAUCACUAUUGAAAGCCGAUUGAUUUGGUACUGAAAAUGACCUCAUCGGGGUGAAAAUUCUCACUGUGGUAUAUAACACAUGACCCAAACAGAAAAAUGAUUUUAUUGUAUUAAAAACGUACUAUAUUGAUUUGCCAAAGUUUUAUAACUUUGUAAAGCUAUUGCCUUCCUUGGAUUUGUACUUUAUGAUUUAAUAUGCUGUACCGUGGGUUGGUUAUGCUAACUGAAAAAAAUA